AUGUACAGAAUAAGUGCCCUCCUACAUUCCCCAAACCUUGCUAACACAGCUCGGAUAGGCUGUGCUGCACAUCUGCCCCUGUCCCAACAGCUGGAACUAAUAUAUCUCCCACUUCCUGUCCCUGGACCAUCAGAAGGGGGAUCGUCAGAACCUCACUCCGCACACAGAAAGUGUUUGGGAUCUCUGCAAAACAUGACGUUCUCCUGUCACCUGGCUCUCUUUCUGUUUGUCAUAAAGGUAACGUACAAGAGAGGGGUCUAUUUUAAUAAGUUAACAAAUAUUAAUGGUGUAUAUUUUCAAUCCUCUUAUAUCCCUGUAGCCACAGAGCGGGUUUGUUAACUCUCUCAGACUGUCUGUAAACUGUGUGAGAAUUCUUUGGAUACAUUUUAUUAUGUUUGUUAAUCUAUUCCAUGCUUCCAACGCAGACCCUGGCUUCCAAGACUCCUCUGCGGCCCGGGCCUCUGGGAAAUCUGUUUUUAUAGGGGGCCACGUGGCAACACUGCAUAUUGCCAGUGUGGUAUUCUGCGUCGUGUGAAGCUAUGUGACUUAUACGUGGCUUUGUGGACAUUACAUGAUUUAUUUCUGUAUUGAGAUAAACUAUUGAGUAAAGUUAUGACUUGCCGUUUAUAAAGCUACCCGCGAUACAGACUCCUUAUACAGGGCAUCCUCUCCUAUUGAAACAGAGAGCAUAGUAAGACCCGCUACAGCAGAGCCUCCAGACUCCUGGGAAUAUUUGAAUAUGUAACCUGGUGCUCUGUCUGUGUUUACAGGUAGCCAAUGGACUCGCUGAGGACGCACCCUGCGAGCCGGGAUUCAAGGAGGAGCGCUAUGCUUUCUCUGUGACUCGUAAGGUCCUGGAGAGAGGAAGAGUUCUGGGGAAAGGUGAGUGAUUGAAGAUACCACUCUGCAAUGCAUGGUACAGUCUGUAAUCAACCAGAAAAUGGUGUUAUAACCAUCAAUCUCCAAGCACAUUAAUGCUAUAUACACCAUACACAGAGCCUAUAAUCCUUGAGUACUGACUCCAAACAGUUGCAACUUAUUAUUUUUAAAUGAAAAGGCUCCAUUAAAGUCUCAGGAUUAAAAGGGACACUAUAGUCACCAGAACAACUACAGCUUAAUGUAUUUGUUCUGGUGAUUAUUAUAAUUUCCUUCAUGCUUUUUGCAGUAAACACUGUUUGCAGAGAAAAUGCAGUGUUUACAUUGCAGCCUAGGGAUACCUCCACUGGCCACUCCUCCUAGAGGUGCUUCUUGGGGCAGUGCUGCACAGUGUGACUGACAUUCAGUGUCUCCACGUUCUGCAGGCAGACACUGAACUUUCCUCAUAGAGAUACAUUGACUCAAUGACUCUCUCUAUGAGGAGAUGCUGAUUGGAGCAGCACUUUGCUGCACCUGCUCAAUAGCCUCACAUUGGGUUGGUUGCGAUCAUCAAAUCUGAUUAUCUCAGCCAUGGAAGCAGGGCCAGCUGUGGAGAGACUGGUGCGGUGAAUAGGGGCCGAUGAUCUAAACCGUCAUUUUAGAACUAUUGUCAGUAAUACAUGUUUCUGUUCCUGACACUAUAGUAUUCCUUUAAGGCCAAUAUAAAAACAGAUCUGACUUGAAAAACGUUUCCUGCUUGGCUACUUUGGCCUUAAAUCUUAAAUUUCUGACCGCUCUCAUGUUAGUAAAUAACUCUGACAAACUUUGCAUCCAGUCUGCGUGCCCCAUAUGUUCGCCGCCACACGUUCCAAAACAAUCUCACAGGAACUCACGGAUUGCAGACCGCUGCAGCGGUGUUACUGGUAACAUGGCGUAAUGAAGGCAGGACUUUCUAUCACUAUGCCCCCAUUUCAUGUUUGGCUCUCAUGUUGUACAAUGCUACAGACUGUGUUUACACUAAAAUAAACCAAUAAAGAACAAUAAGAAGGACUGAGGGUGGUGUCUGUACCGUGUCCUGAAAAUGGCAAUAUUCACACGGUAUCUACACCAAUCUGGUGUGAUGUCCAUCGCUUUCUUCUAUUUCUGUCCUCCCUUCUCCUCCUCCUUUCUUACCGUUCACCAGACUUCUUCUACCCAGAGAGUUGAUUCUUCAUCUUGUGAAGUUUGUUCGAGACGUUCUGUCCCAGCUCGCUAUGGGCCGGCCUUUUCACAUUUUUCUUUUUUCCACAUCAUGCGCUGUGCCUCAAGGUGUCACAACAGACUCUGGAUCAUUCACUAAACUGAGAAUAAAAAGUGAAUUACAAAUUUAAGGCCAGGGUAGCUAGACUGAAAGCAUGGAUGAAGAGUUGUUUUUCAGUUUGGCUGCUCUGGCCUUAAUCAUUAUGUUCACUUUGAAUCCAGGCUGAAAGCUGUCCUUUAAAAUAGUUUUUAUUUUUUAUUUUUUAAACCGGUCUUUUGGUCAAAAAGCCUUUUGUUUGCCAAUACUGACUGUUCAUAUAAUUGCGGAAUAAAUAAAACACAGACUGUCACCAGCAGCAUUUUGUUUUUUGCUUUUUAUUUAAUUUUUGUUUUCCUCUUCUCUCUUUUUAGUGAGUUUCGAACCCUGCGCCAGUCGUUCUCGUGCCCUCUAUUCCCCACAAGACCGCCGUUUCCAGGUGUCAUCUGACGGGACAAUGACGGUGAAAAGACAGGUCACCUUGCAUGAUUCCUCCGUCCAGUUUGGGCUGAGUGCGUGGGAUGGAGCUGGCAAAAAACACUCCGUGCCCGUGUUUAUAUGGAAUGAGCAAGAACAGGUAAAAGCAAGCCUCACCAAUUUCUAUUUUAUUGUAGUUUUGUUUUGUUUUUGUUUUUUUACAACUGUAAAUGUGCAGCAACUUAUUUUUAAUUUUACACAUUUCCAUAAAAUUCUCAGUGGUUAUGGUGCUUGGAUUGUUCCUUUUAAACAGAAUGUCUAAAACCUGCAGUGCAAAUCUACGUGAAUACAUUGAAAGCCAAUAACAAAAAAUGUACACAAUGAAAACAGCCAGCACAGUACGCUGUGAUUAGCAGAUAUAAAACACAAUAUUUACAUUUUAUUUCUGUAUUUAUUGCUGUUAUCUACCCCCUCCAGGAUCCAGUAAAGACGGAUAUCACCCAGUCUCUCUUAAUUCUAAAUCUGUGAUUAUUCAGGGAUGUGAUAUUUGUUGAUUAAUUGAUUUUUAAUAUUCUGUUUUAAUUCAGCAGUUAGCCGGCUGACCGUCUCCCAAGGAGGACGCGAACUGUUCCUGAAUUGUCUUUCCAUCUAGAACAAUCAAAAUAAAUGCAUUUUAUUCAUAUUACUGUCUCCAGCAAAACUAUUUGUUUCAUGAAAUAUAAACUCUAAUAGUUUUGGAAGCACUAGUCUUCCCUAAGUAGGUUAAAGGGACACUCCACUGCCCAAAUACGAAAUAAAAUCAUGUUUAGUAGAUAUAACCCCAAUGACAACAUAUCUAAAAACUGCUUGUAAAACCUAGAGAUCUCUUGUCUGCAGCCUUUACAAGCCCUCCCUUUCUAACCCCGUCUAGGCUCUCUGUAGCUAUCCAAUCACAGGCUUCCUAAUGCAGCUCAGUGAGAAGUCUUUGCAAGGCAGGUGCUCUGGGCAAUUAUCGCCUCUUGGGUUUAUCUCCACUGAGCCAAAUAAACCAGGAAGUAACCGGAGUUGUCUAAUUGACAGCCAGGGCGUGUAGAAAGGUCCAUUUAUAAUUUCUUUUGAAAUGCACUUUUAGUAAAAAGAAAGUAAAAAAACAAGACACUCUUCAGACCUAAAUCAAUUGAGAAAGCUAAACUGUUUUCGUUUUUUUUAUUUAUUUAUUUAUUUUUUUUUUUUAAAGGGAUUCUAAAGGCUUCCAGGCCACUUCAUCUCAACGACGUGGUCUGGGUGCCAUGUGAUGUCGUUGGCUUUUAAUUCUUUAUUUAUUUUCAGCUCAUGGGUGAGCGCACAUACCACUUUUUUGUUUAUUCUCAGUCUAUUACUCAUUUAAGUCGCUUGCAGUUCUAUGUAGCUGCCCUUUUUCUGAUAAUAUAUUUUCUUAUACCUAUUUUUAUAUUGUUCACGGGUGUAAGUGUGAAAGAGCAGAUUCUACAGAAUUCGACAUAUGAGUAAGAAAACAAUCAAGUUAUAAACAGGUAGUUCAGUACAAUGCCUAGCAGGUACUAUUCCCAUGAACAGUUUUUAAAACCUUUUUAUGUUAUGUAAAGAGCUUACUGUCACCAUAUGUUGAUACUAGUCACUGGCCCAAAUAAAGGUAAGCUUUGGGCUAUCAUACUUUGGUGUGUGUGACGGACCCGCUGGCACUCUGACAGAGUACCUCCGCCAAUCGAUGCUCCUAGUGCUUGCCGAGGACUCCAAGCACUCCAACCAACACCAUCAGCACUGCAGACUUAUCCCAUUCCCACGCAUGAGCCAAGGCUUCAAGAAAGGGUCAAGCAGGUCUGUUUAAUGAGCACACACAGCAACAGCACUCAUGCAGAAAAACAACUCCUCCUCAGAGGAAAACAAAAUGACAGUUAAAAGGGUCAGACAGUUUGUAUAUAUGACAGUUAUUAAGGGUUUAAACUGGUGUUCUAAGAGGGGGGGGGAGAACAAAACAGUCAAACUAAGUCCAUAAAACAGGGGUUUUCGGUCACACACACCCAAACCAUGCUGGUCUCAUUGGACGCUGAAGAAGCGUUUGACAGGGUCACAUGGACGUACUUGUUCACACUUCUGUCCCACAUAGGAUUCCCUGAGCAAGCUAUGACUUUGAUUAAAGCCAUGUAUAGCAAUGUGCAAGCACAAGUGAAAAUCACGGGAGCCCCACUAAAUCCGUUCAGACUAUACAAUGGCACCAGACAGGGAUCUAACACAGUAAAGGAGUUUAAGCAUGCGUGGGAUAGGCAUAAGGCUAUCCUAACUCUAAGAUAAGGCAAGGGACUAAUGAAAGUAUUUAGAAAAUUGGGCAGGCUAGAUGGGCCGAAUGGUUCUUAUCUGCCAUGACAUUCUAUGUCCUUUGUCCCCGCUCCUAUUCGUGCUUCCUCUGGAGCCUCUACUCCAGGCCCUAAGACGACACCCGGACAUAUGGGGGGUUCGAGUAGGAGGCAGGGAAUUCCUAGUGUCGGCGUAUACGGAUGAUGUGCUCUUAACGCUCACUGACCCCAUCAACUCAAUGAGGGCCUUGCAAGGAGUCCUGGAGGCCUGUGGAGCUGUAUCGGGGUACAAAGCUAACAUGACCAAAUCCAGCGCCCUCCCAAUCGAGAUUCCAGACGUGGAGUUAACAGCUCUUCAGAGGGCACACCACAUACGCAUAGAGCGACAGUCGAUUAAAUAUCUAGGUAUUAAACUGACAGCAGACCCAGACCAACUCCUACAACAGAAUUAUACACCACUCAUGAAACAACUCAUUAGGGAACUAGAGACCUGGAACGAUAGGCCUGUCUCUUGGAUUGGGAGAAUUCAUGCGGUCAAAAUGAACAUCCUACCCAGGAUAUUAUUCUAUUUCCAAUCUCUGCCCAUACAUCUAUCCAAGACACACCUAGCACCCCUGCAACAGGCGAUAGGGAACUUCGUGUGGCAAAACAAACGCCAAAGAAAUUUGAGACAUAUAUUACACAGGCCAAAAAAUAGGGGAGGCCUCGGACUGCCUAAUCUAUACGGCUACUACAUGGCGACACAAUUGUCGCAAAUAGCCUUAUGGCACUCGCCACCUGGAGAACGGAAAUGGCAGCUAUACUGAACUCUAUACAUAUCUGGGAUAGAGCUCAACAGCGACAUGGGCUGGCAUCAGCCCCAUCCCCUCUGAUGCCGUUUCUUCGAAAUAGAGCAUUCCUGCCGGGAAUGGCAGCACGAAAUUUCAGGAAUCUAGAAAGAAAGGUCUGCAACGCAUACAUCAGUUGGUACAGGAUUCAGAGGUAGUAACUUUCGACACCCUACAACAAAGGGGUCACCUCACGCCUGCAGACUUCUUCAGGUACUUACAAAUAAAAGAUUUCGUUAAACUCCCAUGGGUCCGGGCGGCGGCCCAAAAACCCAUGACGUUCUUCGAACAAAUAUGCCUUCAGGACCAUAUGCCUACGGGUCUGAUAACUCGGCUGUACGCCCACCUCUGCUCUGUAACUAACGAAGGGGGAAAUCUGGCCUACACAGAACAAUGGGAGAGGGACCUGGGGGAGAAAUUAGAAGGGAUAGAGUGGCAAGAGAUCUGGGAAGCCAAUCACAAAUCCUCAGUAUGCGUAACGAUACAGGAGCAAGCAGUUAAGACGAUGCUUCGCUGGUAUACAACUCCUGUAAAGCUGUAUCAAAUGAAAAAGUGCCCUACCGACUUUUGUUGGAGAGGGUGCGGAAUGAAAGGGACAUAUAUCCACAUGUGGUGGGAAUGCCCCCUGAUGGAAAGGUUCUGGCAACAAAUUAGAGAUAUACUAGCCCAGGUGCUGAACAGAACCCCCACCCCUCCCCCCAGACCUGUGGUAAUACUUACUCAGCAGAACAAUAGAUGUGGGUGGACUAGACACGAACAAAAACUCAUCCAUAAAGUAACUCGAGCAGCCAGUGGCAGCGGAUUGGCUUAAACAGACCACGCCACCUCUUGCAGGGGUCAUCAAUAGAAUAAGGGAGGUACAUAUGAUGGAUGACCUGACGGCAAGAGUUAGGGGAACUCAAAAAGAAUUCCAGAAAAUAUGGGCACCAUGGGAAGAUGGCCCCUUGAGUUAGGGUCACCCAGUAGACCUAAGGCCCACAAGAUAGCUAAACAAAGGGAAGCGGUUCCUCUGCUCCUCCCCUCCCCACCCCUACCUUAUUAUCUUUUUUCGACACCUAUCUACCUUUUUCCUACUUCUAUUCUUCUCUUAUUAUGUGUAGCAUAUGCCUCCCAGACAGGGCCGGAUUAACAUAGGGGCUGAUGGAGCUGCAGCUCCAGGCCCAGGACCAUGGAAUAGGCCCAUUGAUUUAAAACUAUUUUUUUUUUAACAUUUUCCCCCCCACACACACUAUUCUUAGGGUUUCCACCUGACUUUUAUUUUAUUGGCACAGCCAGUAUUUGAGGCUGCCUGGCUAGUACACACACACACAGCACCCUCAGACAUACACACGCAGCAACCCCACAUACACACGCAGCACCCCCACAUACACACGCAGUUCCCCCAGACACACGCACACAGCACCCUCAGACGCACACGGAGCACCCUCACUCACACAGCACCCACACAUAUACACACACACACAUAUAUAUCUAUAAUAAAUAAAAUAACUCUCAGUGAGUUAACAGACAAAAAAAAAUUAGAAACCUAGAAUGUGACGGCAGAUAAAAACACCCUCUUACACAGCACCCCUCUUACACACACACACACACACACACACACACACACAGCGCCCCUCACACAUACAAUACGUCCAAAUAUAUAUAUAUAUAUAUAUAUAUAAUACACUACAGCACCCCUCACACGGCACCACUACACACAUUACGCUCCAGAUACACGCUAGAUCCCUUACCCUAUAUGCACUCUUAAUCCUCUAUACACACACACAUACAAUCUCCUAUACACACUCUGAGUCCUUUACACACUAGAUCUCCUACACACACACACACUGCCCCUAGCCACACAUAUUACACCACAAACACAAAUGAAAUCAACCUAUUUACACAAUACCACACCACACUCUACACACACGCAAUCCCACAAGCAGGCUCCAAACACAUGCACCAUGCACUUUCCUGGCCCUUUUGUCCUCUGGUAUCCCACUUGUGGAGACACCAGAGACAAUUUAAAAGCAAACACAGCGCAAGUAUGAUAUUAAAUUUGCUUGCGCUGCGCAGAACAAAUUCAGGGCCUUUUUCUAAUGCUAGAGCCCUUCAGCGGGGCUCUGUGCAUUGAACCAACAUGCUCACUUUGAGAGGGGGCGUGCUUGUCUCUAGCCCCGCCUUCUACUUAGGGGGCCGCUCUGAUUGAAAAAUGCCCGGGCCUAAUUUUUUUCCCAGUCCGGCCCUGCCUAGACCUGCGUUAAUACCGCAGUCCCUUCAAGCUUUCAACCACCGACCGCCAACCUGGUAUCCUGUACUUCAGUACCAGGUAUUGUUAAUCUUACUCACUACGAUUACGAUUUCUCCUCAAGGCCUCACUCAGCCUUCCUUUUAUUACAUUCCCAAAAAUAAUGGUAAUUAGGGGCUUAUCUCUAUGUAUGGACCAACGUUCAGGUCCGUCAUCUUACACGGGUUCUUACGUUACAGUAUCAUUGAUACACACACCUCCAUACGUUUGACAUUUUUACAUACAUCAUGUAUGCCAGUGGCACGCUUUGGGCCCACUAGCAGGCCUGACCUGUUUUUCUUCCGAAGCAAUUUGUAUCCAUGACCUACUGUAUCACGCACUAAGUGAUUAAAGUAAUACUAAUACAUGUGUUCGGUCACACCAUUAAGGAGACAAGCUCCAGCAGGUUUAGAGAACUGGCAUACAGGGAUAGGCGCUUGCCUUAGCUAACCUAAGUAAAUUUACCAGUCUCGCGAGGCCUACUCCCCACCUCAACAUGGAGGUUCAGCCCCACAGCCAAAAUCAUAUUUAAUCGCCUCGCCUUCCUUUAGGGCUACAGUUAGGGCCUCCCAAGCCAUGGCCACACGUAUUUGAAUCUCUUAUAGUCAUUGAGAGGCCAACAUCCCGCCACCAUGUCAGUGGCCACGACUUCCCUCAGUCCAAAUCAUAGGUAGAGCCUCUCACCGCCGCUUGGCAUUAGCAGGGCCUGACUUGUCACUUGGCUAUAGUUAGGUUUUUCACCUCGGCACUAGUCAGCAGGCCAGUUCUCCGAAGGUCUCGUUCUUCCUCCACAACCCCCUACCUAAUUUAAAUCAUUAUUCCUUUUUCAGAACGUCACAAGAAUUAAUUCCCAUUGAUGAUUUACCAUCGGAUGAAGUACCCAUCACGCCAGCCAGGCCCGGGUCUCCAGAAGAAUCCCUAACCCCGUCUACCCCCAGCUCCCUGAGAUCUUGGACUAUCCCAAAAAUUGCAGCUGAACUUAGACUCAGGGGUAUCCCCUUUUCAGCCACUGCUAUAAAGGCAAAGCUGUACAGACUUUUGACGGCUCAGGCCAGCGAACUUAGGCCUGGCACUAGCUCACAAGGACUGUCUACCGGCACCUCCAUUCCACGCAGGAAACCCUAACAGCUAUUCUGGCCAACCUCCAAACCAUGAAUAGUAGACUGAAAAAAGUGGAAUCAACCAUAGCCACCCCGGGUGACCUACCAGGCCCUUCAGGUCCUCCUCUGGUAACCCCUAUUUUUCCGACUGGCACCCCCCUCGCACUCUGUUCCCCACCAACCACAACCACUACAUCAUAUGUUUCAGCUGCUCACUCCAUCCCAGCAUCCAUAAAAAAGGAUACACUGGAUGGGAAGGACGUAAACCUAGUUUCCCUGCCUCACAAGAUGUCUUUGAAAACCGAGCAUAUAAUUACGGGGACAUAUUAGUCGUAUUAAAAACUAGAGAUCCUCGCCUGAACAAGAAGCUAUCUAUUCUGCAGUUUGUGAUAGCUUUUGGGAUAUAUAGAGAAGUAAUUUUCUUAGUGUAUCCACACAGGAGGGAAGAGCUUGAUCUCUAUAUGCAUAAAGUGGUUGACUUAGGCAUUAAGUAUGGGGGGUUCUCUUUCUAUGACUAUCACAAGUCCAUGUCAGCCAAGGCAGCAACUCAUCUGGCCCAUUUUAAUAUCAGAAUCGACUGGUGCCAGAUGGACACGGAACUAUUCUGACGACACUUUGCCGGAUUGAGGCCCCCGUCCUGUGCCCCCUGUAGCUCAACAUCCCACUCCACUGACUUGUGCACUUGCGAGGCAGACCCUUCCACUUCUCACCACUCCUUCACCCCACACACUAGACAAGAAGGCGGGCAGAAGGAUAAGCAGGGCAGACCCAUUGCCUUUUUGGGCAAGGCGCAGGUGUGCAAUAACUUUAACGCUGCUCCAUUUGCUUCAGAGCGCAUACCAAAACUAUGUGCCCAGCUCGACUGUCACCUAAAAAAUGACUGACCGAGGUCAACAUAGAUAUUGUGGCUUACUACCUACGUUCCCACCCAGCCAGGCAUUUGGUAGAUUAUUUGGUGAUUGGUUUCUCACAGGGUUUUCACACGGGUCUCAUCACCAUCCCCACAGGCACGCUCGAAUGCCAUAACCUGCUGUCAGCUUCUAACGACCCUCUUACAGUGGACCACAGAAACUAAAGCAGGCUUCAUGAUUGGCCCUUUCACAGUUUCACCUUUUUCAUCCUGACAUACCAACCCCAUCGGUAUAGCCGUGCACAAAUUCUCUAAUAAAAAAAGAUUAUCGACCUCUCAGCACCUCAUUCUUCUUUCGUCCCCAGCAUAAACUCUCUAAUACCCGCCGUGGAGUUUUUACUACACUAUGCAAAAAUCGAUGACGCUUUGCAAGCCAUCAUCACAGCAGGCAGCAAGGCAUGGUUGAGCAAGACCGACAUCACCAAAGCCUUCAAGCUCCUACCCAUUCACCCCUCACUAUGGCACUUACACAGUGUUAAAUGGCGGGACAGGUAUUAUUUUUCUACCCGGCUCAAUUUUGGGUCAAGGAGCAGCCCUAAGGUGUUUUGCAUUUUCACUGAAAUGCUCUGUUGGCUACUUCUAAACAUAGUUAGGUGUCCAUCCGUUAUCCACUAUUUGGAUGAUUUUAUGUUGGUAGAACCGGGCUCUCACACACCAAGUAGCAUUUACAACACCACAGCCCUUUUCAAUACACUAGGGGUACCCCUAUCACCAAGUAAAACACUUGGACCCUCUACCAACCUAGUUUUCUUGGGCAUCGUUUUGGACACAGUAUCUUUCUAAGCCAGCCUAUCACCCGAGAAAUUGACCCACAUUAGGGCCACUCCUUCGGAGUGAUACAUGCACCAGGAAUUGACUCCAGUCCUUAUUGGGGCCCCUUAACUUCACGAUACGGAUCAUUACACAGGGCAGAUCAUUCUUCUAGGCUACUGUGUUUACUCCAUGGGGUGCCCGACUCCUGCCCAAUUACUUUGGAUGGUCCUGUCAGGGCUGAUUUGCACAUGUGGUAUAACUUCUUGGCCGAAUGAAAUGGAGUCUCUCUGUUCAUACCUCCACUAUCCGAGCUUUCACCUACUGUUUACACAGACGCAGCAGCACACACUGGGUUUGCUGCCAUUUUUAGCAACCAGGAAUAACUGGCCCACUGAGAUGGAUGCCUUGCCAGCCUUUAGAGAAACAUGCUCAUUGUUCGAGAUUUACCCCAUCGUGGCGGCCGUUAAAUGCUGCUCAGAUAAUUCAGCAGCCUGUGAAAUUAACAAGGGGCGGUCCUCCUCUCUUACCAUCAUGAGCCUGGUACGCAAACUGACUUGGCUGGCAGCAACCGCUCCGUUUCCACUAGUCUGCAUUCACAUUCCUGGUAUCCAUAACAAAGCUGCUGGCGCUCUUUUCCGCUCUCAUUUUCAGAUAUUCUUCCAGGCACUCCCCACGGCCCACCACCUACCAUCCAGGAUACCACCUUUUCACAAGCUAAUCAUGGACUAACUGAGCUACUACACCACUCUCGGCCACACCACGCACUCUCACCCAACACCACUACCACUUAAGCUAGGGCUCUGUACAUUUUCAAUAGGUUCACUGCGGAGUUUCACUUGCAAGGAGACUUCUCCAUUAAAACCAUGGUGGCUUUUGCCUCCUUCUGUCACCUACACCUCAAAUUAUCCUUAAUACCAUUAAGCUUUACCUACACGUCCUCACUAACUUGCCUAAUCACGCACCUUUUUUAGCAUCAUACUCUAUUAAGAACAUCCUUAAAGGUAUUAACAAGGUUACAGUUCCCCCUGUCACUACCAGAUUCCCUAUAGAUGGUCCUAUUUUCAGACUACUUAGUGACCUAUUGGACAAAUCCCUGUUCAAUUACCACACUAGCCUGGUUAUAAAGGCCGCCAUCUUUCUUGCUUUCUUAGACCUAGGGAGUUCAGUCGUACGCCAGGUACAUACCACAUCAAGCCUUAAACUAUCUCAUCUAACGAAAGUAAAUGACGACUAUGUCCUUUCAUUACCUUCCACGAAAACUAACCACACCAAUCAUCCCACUAUCAUUCCUCUCUUCCCUACCAAGAAUGCCUGGUGCUCAGUCAAAAUACUCAACAUUUUUCUCGUAUUUCACCACGCACACUCAUUGGACACUCCACUAUUCCUACUCCAAGGGCACCCACUCACCACAGCUAAGUUCACAUCUCACGUCAGAACUCUACUGUCAAGGUUGGGCUACAACCCGGCUUCCUUCUCUGGUCACUUCUUCUGUAUAGGCGCAGCAUCUUCAGCAUCUCGCUCUAACACACCAGUCCACAUCAUUAAGAGACUGGUCCACUGGAAAUCCUCUAUUUACAAUACAUACCACGACUGGAGAGGGAGCUUCGACAAGCUUUCAGAAGUCUCGCUUUAUAACUUGCAAUAAAGUGUGUUUUCUUUGACUCCUCCUUUUGCCCUCUUUUUAUUACAGGCCUACUUGUUCGUUGGUUUCUGCGCCCCUCAACCAACCUUGCAUCUUCUUGUACAUUCCAUAACCUUUUAAAUUCAGAGCACAAAUAUUUUAUAUAUGAAAUGCUGCUCAUUGAGCAGAUGUGAUUGGCGCAGUGCAGAGUUUUGCCGCGCGUCCACUCCAGCCUCCCAUUGAUUCCCAAUGUAGAAGCUUUGGAUUGGCUGAGAUCCUCAAUAUUGAUCAUCUCAGCUGAGGAGGCUGGCCGACCAUGGCGAGACCGGAACGACCAGGGCAAGACCAGGGCGUCAUGGGAUAUCAGGCAAGUUAAACUUAUCUUUUAAACCCUUACAGGGGGACUGGCCACCUAAACAGUGAGUAGGACACUAUACAAAGGAACAAAUUACUAAUCUAUGGUUUUUCUAUAACUGUAGUGCUCCUUCAAGGCAACUUCAAAUCGUUCGUAGCUGUGUGGGAUUGAACUAUAUAGUCUAUUUCUGCACUUAUUUGACCAUUCCCCUAAAAUAUGAAAGAAUUCUCAGAUAGUAAAGCCACUAUCACCAGACAGACUGUUGUAUUGUCAAUUUUAAUUUCUCAUGUUUUUCAAGUUAUGAAUAAUGUGGAAAAAUUUUAUUUCUCUGCUUGUGAUAAUUACAUUACCCAUUGUGUAAGGUAAUUGUAUCACAGGCUGAGGGGAGGAUUUUGUGUAGGAGUGUCUGAGUGUAUUGUAUGUGUUUAUUGGUUGUGUUCCAAAACCCUGUGGGUGGUACUAAUGUGUAUAUAAGAACAAUAAACCCACAGCUCUGUCUGUUCCUGCUUGACCCUCAAAACGGAGCCUUGUCUCGUUCUUGGGGGGAUUUAUUGUAUGCUGUUCCAGUUUGACUGCUAGGAGUGUAAACCUAUUUGUAUGGUUUUUCCUAUUCGGCUGUUUACGGCAUUCAUAUGGUUUCCUAUUCGGCGGAUUGGUGUUCUGCAGUAGCUGUGCCUGUGUCUCUGGAAGGGAAGAUCUACUAAACGGCGGUUUAACCCUUUUAUGCUGAGGGUGCCGUUACACAUACAUUUUAUCUGUUCUGGGUAUUGCAUUCUUGGGAUGUAAGUAACAUAUCAUGCCUUAUAUAUACACUAAUUCCAUUUUUUGUUUGAUUAAUAAUAUCCCUUUUUCCAACCCCUAGGAGAUUCCCAGCAAUGAACGGAAAAUAAUGAGACAGAAGAGAGAUCGGGUAAUUCCUCCAAUUAGAAUAUCUGAAAAUGAAAGGGGACCAUAUCCCAAAAGAGUAGUACAAGUAAGUCCAGUUACUAGAGUGCCAUUCAUUUGUGUUUUUCUGGGUUCUAGGACCAGUAGGGAGGGUAUGUUUUUCAGGAAGAUAGGGGAGACUGCAUAAAUGGGGUAAUUGUAGAGAGAAGGUGUAAAGCUGGAACUGGUUUGGAGGAGGUGCCAUAAGGAAAAGGGCAGUGUAUGGGGCACAUCUGAUGCUGUGGUAUUAUAAAGAGUUGAUGGGAACAGAUAGUGGGAUCAUAGAGGUUGGGAUUAGGAUACGGCGCGUGGAAGAGGGAGUAAUGAGACAAAGUAUUCACUCCGAAACAGGAAAAGACAAAAUAAAAUCAUAAUCUAAGUGGGCUGACAUAGAGGCGAGGUUGAGUUUUUCUUGAAGCUUGAUCCUGACAUCAGUCCUUCUCAUAGGAAUGAGAUGGCGUUCAAGACGAGGACAUUGGGGAGGGGGGUGCCGUCAUUGGCUUCCCAAAUUCGCACAGGAUUUCCAUUAAUUACCUGGAACUCUUGUCCCGGGCUGGCUAAUGACCACCCAAUGACACUGCCUAAGGUGGAGUUAAACCUCCAACAGCAGAGGGGUUAAACUCUGUAUGCAAAGUGUUUCAUAGCGAAACCCACAGACUCCAGGCACCAUGACCACUUCAACUCACUAAAGAGGCCACAGUGCUUGAAAUAACCCUUUAGAGAGCAGACAAUGAAGAAACAAAUGCAAUUAUUCUGUAAACCAAGAAAUAUAGAGAAUUCACAAGAGAAUUAGAACAUUGGAAAAUGAUUACAAUGCAUCUAUUUUAUCUGAAACUUGUUUUCAAAUCUCAAAUGCAUUUGUGCCCACGUGAUUUGGGGGUUAAGUAGUGAUGGUACACCAUGCUGGAUUUGCAAUGUAAUUUCUGAUCCAGAAGAGCGCUGUCACCCCAUGUGUGCCUUGUUAAUGGAGACUGGUAUCCUGCAUCCCUUACUGGCGAUAUGAAAACAUAAUCUGUGUAAAUUAUGAUCAAUAAUUAUCAAUUUUCAUUAGAUUUCAUUGACUCUGGACAAGGAAGAGAGAGUUUUCUACAGCAUAACCGGCCCGGGGGCUGAUAUUCCACCUGUGGGGGUGUUCACUGUGGAAGAAAAAACUGUCUGGCUGUGGGUGACUAGACCCCUGGACAGAGAAGUCACUGCUGUGUAUAAUGUAAGUACAUUUAAUGCAUACAGGGCCGGUGCCACCAUUGGGUGAACAAGGCAUUCGCUGGGGGUGCUCACUGGGAAGUUUCCUGGUGGGCUGCUCCUGUCUGGGGCUGAAGAGCUCUUUAGCCACCCCCCCCAGCGCAGCUAUUCAGCUGCUGGGCUCCCUCUGCCUUGAUGGUGCCCAACGACUAUCUGCUCUGGGAGCGGGGUUUGCAAUAACCCCAGCACCCGAGCAGAAUGCUUCCUGCACUCAGGGGAGGCUGGGACUUGACCUGGUAUCCCAACUGCCACAGCCUGUGAAGACCGAAAGCACUCUGCAGGGAGCAGGAAGCAGCCUGUGCUCAGUGUGCACGGCUCCCCCAGCAUAAACAAGGCUGGACAUGACUGCAGACCACUUACAUUCCCGUUGCCCCCCAAUAACGACAAGACACCGGAGUACUGGAUAAAGGCAACGGCCAAAGCUUUAUUAUUCCAACAUAUCAACUCAGCCAGCUUUAUAUCACCACCUGUCGGCUGUUGGAGUGACUACCCAACAAACAGAUACACCGGAUAAUUCCAAGAGUCCGUACAGUCUGCCUUCUGCCAUCAGUCCUGGCAGCUGCGACUCCCCAGAGCAUUGUCUUGCAUUACUUGCGCUGGCCAGGACCUCCGCCAUAGCUGUGACAAAAAGAAAAGAGAAACAACAACACCGCAAAAACACAGCACCAACAUACAUAAUCAGCCUGAAGGGAGGGACGGACAGACGGGAAACCUGUUCCAGCCUUUUUUUUCUGGGAAUGGUGAGUACUCUCCCCCUACACAGAUACUUAUACUUUCCCCAUAUUGCAACAAUGUAUCCCAUAAAUCCACACCCCUUACUGAGUGGCAGCAGUCAUGCCUCCCCUUCCUUACAGUCCAGGGGAUCGCUUCAUCUCCUCUUGUAACAGCACUCAGGCUAAGGGGGACUGGUUAUUUUAUAUAUGUUUUUAUAUUGGUGUGUGUGUGUUUAAACAAACUAUGUAAACUGGUAUCAGUGUGUAUGUUUCAGUAAGAGUGUGUGUGUGUCAGUGAAAAUGUGUACGUGACUUUAUAUGUAUGUAGUGAGAGUGUGUAGGUGACAUUAUGUGUCAGUGAGAGUGUGUAGGUGACAUUGUGUCAGUGAGAGUGUGUAGGUGACAUUAUGUGUCAGUGAGAGUGUGUAAGUGACUUUAUGUGUAUCAGUGAGUGUGUGUUAGUGACUUUGUGUGUCAGUGAGAGUGUGUAAGUGGCAUUAUGGGUGUCAGUGAGAGUGUGUAAGUGGCAUUAUGGGUGUCAGUGAGAGUGUGUAAGUGCCAUUGUGUGUGUGUGUAUGAGUGUUAGUGAGAGUGUGUAAGUGACAUUGUGUGCGUGUGCUAGUAAGUGACCAAUUCUAUUUAUGAUACAUAUUAAUAUAAUUAUAUAUGCUAAUUAACGGUUUUAGUUACAGUGAAACUGUCAGACAAUUGUAACUGUAACUCAUCAUGUGUAUGGAUGGAUUGGGCAGUGUGUGUGUGUAUGGAUGGAUGGAUUGGGGUGUGUGUGUGUGUGUGUAUGGAUGGAUUGGGCUGUGUGUGUAUGGAUGGAUGGAUUGGGCAGUGUGUGUGUGUGUGGAUGGAUUGGGCAGUGUGUGUGGAUGGAUUGGGCAGUGUGUGUGGAUGGAUUGGGCAGUGUGUGUAUGGAUGGAUUGGGCAGUGUGUGUGUGUGUGUAUGGAUGGGUUGGGCUGUGUGUGUGUGUAUACUGGGCAGUGUGUGUGUGUAUGGAUGGGUGGAUUGGCAGUGUGCAUGGAUGGAUGGAUUGGCAGUGGGUGUGUGUGUGUAUUGGGCAAUUUUUAUUAUUAUUAUUGCGAUUUAUAUAGCGCCAACAGAUUCCGUAGCACUUUACAAUAUUAUUAGAGGCGGGAUUUGACUUUAAAUAGGACAAUUACAAGAAAACUCACAGAAACAAAGGGUUGAAGAGGGCCCUGCUCAAACAAGCUUACAGUCUAUAAGAGGUGGGGUAUAAAACACAUUAGGACAGGGAAUAGAAGUCAAAAUAGGUGGGAGUGUGUGUGUGUGUGUGUGUGUGUGUGUGUAUGAAUGCAUGUACUGAUGUGUGUGUGUGUGUGUGUUUAUAGUGGGCAGUCUCUUUCUUUCUUUCUUUCCCUAAAUGUUUGCUCACUGUGUUUCUCCUAAAAUGUCUCCCAGUCUGUCUGUUUCCUAAAUACCUCAACAAUCUCUCUAUCCUUUCCCUAAAUGCCUCCCGGGUCUGUUCCCUUUCCAUAAAUUCCUCACUGGUGUCUCUGCUUUCCCUAAAUGUCUCUCUGGUCUUUCUUGUUUCCCUAAACAUCUCUACAGUUCAGUCUGUCUUUUUUCCCUAAAGAGACUGCAAACUUUGGCAUUACAGCCAUCUUAAAUUGCUCGUUUCAUUAAGGUCAGAAAUGCUUUAGACUUGAUAAAGGGAGGAACUCGCAAAACUCUCUCUCUAGAAAAUUCUAAAAAAAUGGUUAUUACUAGAAAUGGCCAGAAAAGAAAAAAAAAAGACUGCUAUCUUAUGUGCCGUCCUGCAUUACGUUUUGUAAUAGUCUUUUUAGCUGUUUGUGCACGCAGCGUCAUACUAUGGAGAUUCCGUGAAGGAGCCAAUGGAGAUUAUUAUUAAAGUUUCGGAUCAGAAUGAUAACAAGCCUCAAUUCACAGAGCCGGUAUUUAGAGGCAGCGUCCAAGAGGGGUCGAGGCCAGGUAUGUAUUACAAUGAGCCUGGACAUGUAAUUCCUGGACAGAAAUCACUGAGACCGCCUCCUGCACUUUGUGUUUUAUUCAUUUUAAGGUACUCCUGUAAUGCUCAUAACCGCCAUGGACGCUGAUGAUGUCAAAGAAACCAACAAUGGGAUUGUUUCUUAUUCUAUAAUCGGCCAGGAUCCCAAAGAACCCAGUGUCCCAAUGUUCACAAUCAAUGAACAAACUGGCCAGAUCACCGUGAAUUCAAACGGCUUAGACAGAGGGGUUUGUAAAGUCCUUAAUUAAAAACACAUUCUCUCCCUCUCUCUCUCUCCUACUGACUGCAUACCGUUCUGCCACACCACACAUUAAAUACCUUAUAUUUUCCACAUCUUUUUUUACAGACUGUCCCAGAAUACACGCUGACCAUAAAGGCUGCAGAUCAAGAAGGUAAAGGACUCUACGCAACUGCUAAAGCUGUGAUCACAGUGACCGACACUAAAGUAAGACAUUCUGACCCACUUACACGGUUCAUUCUUUGGGAAAUGUGGACAACCAAAACAGAGACAAAUGUGUGUAACAAUAAUCUAAAUCUAUAUGUAAUAAUCUCUAUAUCUAUCUAUUUAUAUGAGAAAAGGGUCCAAAAUAAGAAAAUAAUCCGAAAGCCGGCGAUAAUAUCAGGGGCUAGUGGAUAUUCUCUGAAAGGUGCCUACAGUCGAACUCCUGGAAGGAGGGAAUAACUCUCAAAUAAGUACAAAUAUACAAUAAUCGGGAACCCUCAAUAAGAGGGUGACCUAAAUAGGAGAACCACCAAAAAACAUACGGGAGGAAGUCCUACCUUUUAAUAAUUCUAGGGAAUGCAGUGACUAAUAUAGACCUACAAGGGAAGAGACAAACUAAUUCUCAUAGGUAAAAAGCAAAGAUGUCCCACGGUAGGAGCACAUUCAGUAUCAAAUGUCUGAAUAGCUACAGGUAUCUCAGAUUUGCACACCAGGACAAAAAUAAACUUUGGGGCAGAAGGGUAAAGAUGAGGUAAAACAAGGAAAGCUGAGGUUAGAGGGUCUAAAGUCCCACUAAUAUCAACCUGGCUCUCUGUAAAUCUUACCCUAUGAAUACCUCAGCACCGUGGAUGAUCCACUAGUGCUUACCCUAAACCGCUCUUCCGAACUUAGUCUUAGUCAAAAAAGACAAAUGAAACCAUAACUCAAACAUCAUGGUGCAAACAAAAGUGAUUAAAAACCAGCUAACCUCUCGAUACAUAUAUCCCUAUCAAUCCGUAUGAAGUUACUCACAGCUGUUGCCACAUGAGGUGCCCCCCGAGCAGGGGGUGCGUUGCAGCCUCUCCACACCUAAUCUACCUCUGUCCAUUCCACAGCGCCGGUGUAUAGGGGAGUUGUCACCUCAACCGUCCCCCAAAUCAUCUGAACUAGUCGUAGCCCACAUGGAGCAGUGCUCUACGUAGACUGGAGUCAAUUGUGCUUUGUGCUGAGGCUGCAACCAGCUGCAAGACAGGAAAGAUCUUAACUGUCUGAUUCACAGCUGAUUGUGUGCUCCCGUGGCCACAAGAGCGCAGAGUAGCUGUCUGUCAGCCACUCCUCCUUCCCUCCUGCUCGCAGUGCCAGAGGAGCAACUGGUCUGCUUGAGCAGGGCUGGAACUGGAGGACGGGCGUCUCAUCUUAAGGUAGGAGAAGAGGGGUUUGGGAGACCUUCCUGUGUAGUGUAUUAAAUUUGAAUGAGCUAGGGGCCUGCGUAUUAAUUUGGAGGAGCUAGGGGCUCGCAUAUUAAUUUGGAGGAGGGAGGGGGGCCAGUGUAUUAAGUUGGGGGAAGGAGGGGCAAUGUGUUAGAGUGGUGAAGCAAUGAAUGGUAGUGUGUUAAAUUGGGGGAAGGAAGAUGCAGUGUAUUAGAGUAGUGAAAGGGGGGCAGUGUAUUAAAUUGGGUGAAGUAGAGGGCAGUGUAUUUAAUUGGGGGAGUGGAAACAGUGUAUUCAAUUACAGUGGAGGGAGAGGGGCCAGUGUAUUUGAUUGGGUGGAGGGGGAAGUGUAUAAGAGUGGAGGGAGGGGGUCAGUGUUUUGGAUUUGGGGCAGUGUAUUAGAUUAAGGGGCAGUGUAUUGGAUUUGUGGGAAAUGUAUUAAAAUGGGGGGAGGGGGCAGUGUAUUAGAUUGGGUCUACAUGGAGGCGCUGAAUGCUGUAUUAGAUUAAGGGGCAGUGUAUUAGAAUGGAGGGAGGGGGGCAGUGUAUUGGAUUUAUGGGCAGUGUAUUAGAAUGGGGGAGGGGGCAGUGUAUUAGAUUGGGUCUACAUGGAGGCGCUGAACGCUGUAUUAGAUUAAGGGGCAGUGUAUUAGAAUGGGAGGGGCAGUGUAUUGAUUUAUGGGCAGUGUAUUAGAAUGUGGGGGAGGGGGCAGUGUAUUAGAAUGGGGAGGGGGCAGUGUAUUAGAAUGGGGAGGGGCAGUGUGUAUUAGAAUGGAGGGAGGGGGGCAGUGUAUUAGAAUGAGGGGAGGGGCAAGUGUAUUGUGAACAGGAGGGGCAGUGUAUUAGAGUGAGUGGGAGGGGGGGGCAGUGUAUUAGAGUUGAGUGGAGGGGGGGGCAGUGUAUUAGAGUGGGAGGGAGGGGGCAGUGUAUUGAUUUAUGGGCAGUGUGGUAUUAAAAAUGGGGAGGGGCAGUGUAUUAAAAUAGGGAGGGGGCAGCGUAUUAAGGUGGGGGGAGGGGGCAGUAUAUUAGAUUGGGUCUGCAUGGAGGCGCUGAAUGCUGUAUUAGAUUAAGGGGCAGUGUAUUAUAGUGGGGGGUGACAGUGUAUUGGAUUUAUGGGCAGUGUAUUAAAAUGGGGGAGGGGCAGUGGCAUACUGCGGGGGGGCGGUCCGCCCCGGGUGCCAGCAGGGUGGGGGGUGCCAUGCUGCAGCCGCCCGAGCGCUCUGUAGAGAGCCUCAGGCGGCUGCAGCUUUGCCCGGGCGGGCGCAGCCUGAGGAGAGGGGCUGACAGGAGGGAAGUGCUCAGCGCUCCCUCCUGUCACUCCCUUUCAGUUAUAGGGAGACCGCUGGUGUUGGGAGGUUAGCAAGAUCGACUACAGGAAGUGCACACUCAGUGCACUUCCUGUUAGUCCGGCCGGGUACAGGAAACAGAUGCUCCCUGUACCCGCGGACUAUACAGGGCUCGGCCACGCUACAGGGAGGUAGGGGGGAGGGGAGAAAGAGAAAUUAGGAGGGGGGGGGUGAGAGAGAAAUUGGGAGGAGGAGAGAUUGACAUUCAUCACAUACACACAAUGCACCCCUUGCACGGAGAAAAACACAAUGCAUUACACACACAGACACACACACACAAGCAAUGCAACUGUUACACACAAUGCAUCCCUUACACACACAGAAACACACAAUGCAUUCAUUACACACACUCAAUGCACCCCUUACACACAUUCAAUGCAUCCCAUACAUACACAGAAACACACCUUGCAGCCCUUACACAUACAAACACAAUUCACACAAUGCAUUCCUUACACACAUAUCAGGACAUCCCCUACACACUCCACCCCCUGUGAACAAACUCAUUGGUGGAACAUGAAGGUGGACCCUGGGACCCAGACCUUGAGCUGUGUAAAGGGCCCCCAAAAAAUGGAGCUGCUUCCCGUUCUCCCAGAACAUUGAUUUUUGUGACCACAGUUACAAACCGCCUCCAGAGAGCCUGUUCUACACCAGACCAGUGGAGCCAGACUGCAGCUAGAGCCCAUCAUUAUCCUCAUCUGGUUGUAAGUAGGCAAUCUAGUAUAUUAUUCGUGGCACUAAGCUCUAAUUUACCUCACAUUAAAGAAACCCUAUAGUCCCCAGAACCACUUCAGCUUAAUGUAGUGGUUCUGGUGUCUAUAUCCUGUCCCUGCAGGCCUUUUAAUGUAAACACGGCGGCACUGCAGCACUGGCGUUAGUUAACAUGGCAAAUCAUAUGGGUGGGGCAUUGUGAUGUCACAUGGGGGGCGGCAAACUUUACUUUUGCCUAGGGCGGCAAAAAUCCUUGUACCGGCCGUGGCUGGAGGGGGCUGUGUGAGCUGUGGCCGCACAGUGUCCCAUGGUAGUUAGGGUGACGUGCCGCCAGUACAGCUCACACAAGCAAACAGCUGAUAAACUGGCUGCACGGAGGAAAUGUGUAUGUGUGACUGUCUGCCUGUAAGUGAGUGUGUGACUGUCUGCCUGUAAGUGAGUGUGUGACUGUCUGCCUGUAAGUGAGUGUGUGACUGUCUGCCUGUAAAUGUGUGUGGGGCUGCAGGGAUUUUGUAGAAGGGGGCGGGGGUUUUGUAUUGGGACAGGAGUCUUUAUAAGGGGGGAUAAGCAGGGGAUUUGUGGAAGGGGGUUGCGGGGGUUUUGUAGGCGGGGCAGUACAGGAUUUGUAGAAGGGGCAGGACAGAGGUUUUGUAGGAGGGGCUGGGCAGGACAAGGGUUUUGUAGGAGGGGCUGACAGCGGUUUUGCAAAGUUUACAAAUUGUUAAAAAAAAAAAGAGAGAGAAAACCUUUAACAUUUUUUACAAGUACAGGAUCCGCCCCGGGUGCCAAAUGCUCUAGGUACGCCCCUGGGGAGGGGGCAGUGUAUUAAGGUGGGGGGAGGGGGCAGUGUAUUAGAUUGGGUCUGCAUGGAGGCGCUGCAUGCUGUAUUAGAUUAAGGGGCAGUGUAUUAUAGUGGGGGGGGACAGUGUAUUGGAUUUAUGGGCAGUGUAUUAGAAUGGGGGAGGGGGCAGUGUAUUAGAGUGGGGACGACGACAGUGUAUUGGAUUUGUGGGCAGUGUAUUAAGGUGGGGGGAGGGGCAGUGUAUUAGAUUGGGUCUGCGUGGAGGCGCUGAACGAUCCUCAUGGAGAUGCUGAUUGGCCGCACAGCGUUUUGCCACGCAUGCACAAUAGCCUUCCAAUGAAGUUUGAAAAAUGAAGAACACACUCAUAGGACUUCAAAAUCAACAAUAUAAUGUAAUUUGUUUUUUUACAGUUGUGCAACAGCAUACAUUCAUCAUUUCAGUCCCAUUACCAAAACUUUUCUUAAAAUGUCACGGUAUAACUGAAACAUAGGUUAUAUACAGAUACAGGUCACAUUAACCUCUUUGCGACCAGUGACGGUUCAGGACCGUCAUCGGUAUUUUACCGUUGACAACCGGUGACGGUCCUGAAGUAAUCGUUACUUACCCAAUCGCCGUCGUUCCCCCGGCAGUGCUCCCGGUGUGGGGAGACUGCCUGCAGCCCAGGCAGUCUUCCCAUGGCGAAUUAGGACUCCGGGGGCCAUGUGAUCGCUUAACAGAGUGAUCACAUGGUCACAAUAGAUGUCCUAGUGUCUGCCUGCAGGGGGACUACCUGUGCUAUAUUUAUAUACAUACAUAUAUUAAUAUAAAAAUACACUUAUAAUUAAAUUACACACGUGUGUAUGUAUGUAUAUAUUAUAAAAUACAAAUAAUAAGUAAAUAAAUUGUAAAAAUAAUAAGAAUGAAAAAAAUUACAUAUCUAUAUGAAAUUUUUUUCUAACUGUAUUUUGAGAUAUAUAUAUAUAUAAUCAAAAUACAAUUAGAAUAAAAGUGUGUGUGUGUGUGUAUGUAUAUAUAUGUGUGUGUGUGUGUGUGUGUAUGUGUAUGUGUGUGUGUGUAUAUAUAUAUAUAUAUAUAUAUAUAUAUAUAUAUAUAUAUAUAUAUAUAUGUGUAUUGUGAGAGAAAAUGUGGUUUGGUAGUUGAUGGCAUAUACAUUAGGCCUGAGUUACUGAACAGCAGCCUGAGGUUUGAGAGUUAAAUGUCCCAGGGAGAGAUGUUGGGUUUGCAAGAUGCAUCACUGGUACUCUGCAAACCACGGUAUGGGUCCUGGGGCGGAGCACUUGGAGAGCAGGCUGGGCCAGUGCUUCAAUAGCACCAGCUGCUAAGUAACAGUCGGACCAGAACUUUUAUUUUGCUUAGUAGUUUCACUUAUGUCUAAUUGCACCUCACCUGUAUCUGAUCAAUUAGCUAGCAGACUGCAGACUGAGGGAGAAAGAGCCAGAGGAAUGGUCUUGCAGUUAUACUUUAUGUAAAUUGGCAAGUGGGAAGGCCACCCAAUUCCAGAUAGGGAUUUGCUGUGUAUAGUAAGUGCUCAAGCGAGAGCACAGACUUUUGUUUUGUUUAUUUUUCAUUUUGAAACACCUGUAUAUAUAUUUCACUGAAUAAAUCUGAAAACCGAGCUGGAUGUGUCCUGGACUUUCAUUACCCUAGAAGGCUGUGGUUACAAGAUCUGUGACAAAAUCCUACCUGAAAAAGAGUACCAAUAAAUAAAAAUAAUACGAAAUAUACAUAUGUCCAUAUACAAAAUGACAUAAAUAAUUCUAUAAAUAAACACGUAGACUUCAAAUAUAUAAAUAUGCAUAUAUAUUUAAAUUCUACGUGCGUAUUUAUGUAAUAUUUUUACAUAAUUAAGUAAUUUUAUUGAUUGCAAUUUUUGGGACCUGCUUGACAACCCAGGCUGAAAGUCCAGAGAAUUUAAUUUGCUAGCACUGUAUUUAACCCUGUAACUUUCUAUGACACCCAAAAACCUGUACAUGGGGGGUACUGUUUUAAUCGGGAGACUUCGCUGAACACAAAUAUUAGUGAUUCAAAACAGUAAAAUCACAGCGAUGAUAUUGUCAGUGAAAAGGACUUUUUUUGCAUUUUUCACACACAAACAGCACUUUUACUGAUGAUAUAAUUGUUGUGAUAUGUUUUACCAUAUUGAAACACUAAUAUUUGUAUUCAGCAAAGUCUCCCGAGUAUAACAGUACCCCCCAUGUACAGAUUUUAUAGCAUUUCUGAAAGUUACAGGGUCAAAUAUAAGGGUCAAAUAUUUUUACAUUGAAAAUUGCCAGGUUGGUUACGUUGAGAGCGUAUGGUAGCCCAGGAAUGAGAAUUACCCCCAUGAUGGCAUACCAUUUGCAAAAGUAGACAACCAAAGGUAUUGCAAAUGGGGUAUGUCCAGUCUUUUUUAGUAGCCACUUAGUCACAAACACUGGCCAAAAUUAGCGUUCAAUUUAGUUUACUUUUUUUACACACAAACAAAUAUGAACGCUAAUUUUGGCCAGUGUUUGUGACUAAGUGGCUACUAAAAAAGACUGGACAUACCCCAUAUUGAAUACCCUGGGCUGUCUACUUUAAAAAAAAAAAUGUACAUGUGGGGUGUGAUUCAGAGAUUUAUGACAGAUAAUAGUGUUACAAUGUCACUAUUGAUACAUUUUAAAAAUAUAUAUAUUUUGAAAUCGCAAUUUCCUAUUUGUACUUAUACAAAAAACCGAACCGCAGCGGCGCAAGGUAAGUAUGAAUGGUUUCUGUUGGUGUGGUUGUUUACCUUAUGUGAAACCACGCUGGCAGAAUCACCGGGAGCCGUGACACUUCUACUGUGAGAACCGAGUCUGACUCAGCCGUUAGAGGGGCUUCCACUGUGAGAACCGAGUCAGACUCAGCCGUUAGAGGGGCUUCCACUGUGAGAACAGAGUUUGGAGUAUGUAAAUGACCUUACACUGUGAAACAACCUGCUAUGUAUGUGCAGAACAAACCUAUUAUUACUAUUAAACUAUAUCAUGACACUAUUAAUACAGAAAUAAGGGUUUAGAAAUUACAAACAGUGCUUUAUUACACUAAUGACAGUGCCAUACCUCCAAAGUGUCCCUAUUUAGGAGGUACAGUCCUUAUUUUUGGUUCAAAUCCCUCUGAGUGUAUAACAGAGCUCCACAGCAAUAAUACUCCCAGUAAUGUGUCUGAGUGUAUAACAGAGCUCCACAGCAAUAAUACUCCCAGUAAUGUGUCUGAGUGUAUAACAGAGCUCCACAGCAAUAAUACUCCCAGUAAUGUGUCUGAGUGUAUAACAGAGCUCCACAGCAAUAAUACUCCCAGUAAUGUGUCUGAGUGUAUAACAGAGCUCCACAGCAAUAAUACUCCCAGUAAUGUGUCUGAGUGUAUAACAGAGCUCCACAGCAAUAAUACUCCCAGUAAUGUGUCUGAGUGUAUAACAGAGCUCCACAGCAAUAAUACUCCCAGUAAUGUGUCUUUAAAUGUGCCUUUAAACUGCAAUAAAUGUGUUUUAUAAAUCAGUCUGUGGAAAUAAGAUACAUUGUUCUUCUUUUAAACUACAUUUUAGCUGUAUUUCUCAGAACAGCCCCGCCUCUGACCACUUCCCCACUCACACCCCUAAAAUUAAAGUGUCCUCUUUCUCUAUUUUAAAAUGUGGGGAGGUGUGAUAGCGGUGUGAUGGGGGCAUUAUACAGGUAUUGUACAGGUGUGAUAAACGUAUGAUGUGUGAUACAGGUAUAUUACAGGUAUGUUACAGGUGUGAUAUAGGUAUUAUACAGGUAGUGUACAGAUGUGGUACAGGUAUUAUUAUAGAGGUGUGAUCCAGGUAUUAUACAGGUAUUGUACGGGUGUGAUCCAGGUAUUGUACAGGUGUGAUAAAGGUAUGAUGUGUGAUACAGGUAUAUUACAGGUAUGUUACAGGUGUGAUAUAGGUAUUAUACAUGUGUGAUAUAGGUAUUAUUAUACAGGUAGUGUACAGGUGUGGUACAGGUAUUAUUGUACAGGUGUGAUACAAGUAUUGUACAGGUAUUGUAAGGGUGUGGUCCAGGUAUUGUACAGGUGUGAUAAAGGUAUGAUGUGUGAUACAGGUAUAUUACAGGUAUGUUACAGGUGUGAUACAGGUAUUGUACAGCUGUGAUACAGCUCUCCUGUACCUGCCUGAGGCCCCCAGACUGGGUGUUACAUUAUAGCUGAAUCAGAUUUGCAGUUUGUGUCACAGUUGCUGGGUUUUUGCCCUUUGUGUCAAUGUCCUGACAGAGGGGGGGAGGACAGUCAGCCUACAGUCACAGAGCACUAAUGGUUAAUCUAGCCCCCAGGGGCCACGUGAGCUGCAGAGAGUUAAAGUCCAGCCGGGGGAUCUGCUCAGUUCCUGCAAUGCUGGUCGGUCGCCUUCAGAUCUUACAGCAGCACCUGCAGGGGCCACAGGUAAGGGCCACAGCAUGUUAAAGGGCCAGUCCUGUUAAUGAAACCUGCAUGGUUUAUUACAGCCCUGCAAUGUGUGUUUAUCAGUGUUCCAUGAUACAUGAUGGGUUUCAUAGCACUGUUACAGCAGCAGCCCUGCUCUGGCUGUGAUUGAUGGGUGUCUGUGUAUUCCUGCCCCCACAGUGACCCCUGCUGGUAGCGCUGUGUAUAACAGGAAGUAAUGCUGGACUCCUGGAUGUUGGUGGGUGCUGUCAGGCCUGCAAUAGGAACCAUCGAGGCAGAGCAGGAACAGCAGAGCAAGCACAGAGCAGGAACAGCAGAGCAAACACAGAGCAGGAACAGCAGAGCAAAGACACAACAAACAGCAGAGCAAAGACACAACAGAAACAGCAGAGCAAAGACAGAGCAGGAACAGCAGAGCAAGCGCAGAGCAGGAACAGCAGAGCAAAGACAGAGCAGGAACAGCAGAGCAAAGACAGAGCAGGAACAGCAGAGCAAGCGCAGAGCAGGAACAGUAGAGCAAGCACAGAGCAGGAACAGCAGAGCAAACACAGCAGGAGCAGCAGACAGUGUGCAAACAUGGUGUAGUCGUACAGAGCAAUGUGGAUGCAUAGUGUAAGGAGUUUAGUGCUAACAGAGCAGGAACAGCAGAGCAAUCUGUAAGCAUAGGUAUAGUGUGCAGAGCAAUUUGGAAGGGUGGUGCAGAACUAUGUGCAAACGCAGAGCAGUGGGCAAGCAUGGUGCACGGAAUGCAGUGCAGAGCAAUUUGGAAGCAUGGUGCGGGGAAUGCAGUGCAGAGCAAUUUGGAAGCAUGGUGCGGGGAAUGCAGUGCAGAGCGGUUUGGAAGCCUGGUGCAGGGAAUGCAGUGCAGAGCGGUUUGGAAGCCUGGUGCAGGGAGUGCAGAGCGGUUUGGAGGAAUGGUGCAGGGAAUGCAGCGCAGAGCGAUUUGGAAGCAUGGUGCGGGGAAUGCAGCGCAGAGCGAUUUGGCAGCCUGGUGCGGGGAAUGCAGCGCAGAGCUGUUUGGAAGCAUGGUGCAGGGAAUGCAGCGCAGAGCGAUAGAAGCAUGGUGCAGGGAAUGCAGUGCAGAGCAAUUUGGAAGCAUGGUGCAGGGAAUGCAGUGCAGAGCGGUUUGGAAGCAUGGUACAGGGAAUGCAGCGCAGAGCGGUUUGGAAGCAUGGUGCGGGGAAUGCAGCGCAGAGCUGUUUGGAAGCAUGGUGCAGGGAAUGCAGCGCAGAGCGAUAGAAGCAUGGUGCAGGGAAUGCAGUGCAGAGCAAUUUGGAAGCAUGGUGCAGGGAAUGCAGUGCAGAGCGGUUUGGAAGCAUGGUACAGGAAAUGCAGUGCAGAGCGGUUUAGAAGCAUGGUGCAGGGAGUGCAGAGCGGUUUGGAAGCAUGGUGCAGGGAAUGCAGUGCAGAGCAAUUUGGAGGAAUGGUGCAGGGAAUGCAGCGCAGAGCGGUUUGGAAGCAUGGUGCGGGGAAUGCAGCGCAGAGCGGUUUGGAAGCAUGGUGCGGGGAAUGCAGCGCAGAGCGGUUUGGAAGCAUGGUGCAGGGAAUGCAGCGCAGAGCUGUUUGGAAGCAUGGUGCAGGGAAUGCAGCGCAGAGCGACAGAAGCAUGGUGCAGGGAAUGCAGUGCAGAGCAAUUUGGAAGAAUGGUGCAGGGAAUGCAGUGCAGAGCGGUUUGGAAGCAUGGUGCAGGAAAUGCAGUGCAGAGCGGUUUAGAAGCAUGGUGCAGGGAGUGCAGAGCGGUUUGGAAGCAUGGUGCAGGGAAUGCAGUGCAGAGCAAUUUGGAGGAAUGGUGCAGGGAAUGCAGCGCAGAGCGGUUUGGAAGCAUGGUGCGGGGAAUGCAGCGCAGAGCGGUUUGGAAGCAUGGUGCGGGGAAUGCAGCGCAGAGCGGUUUGGAAGCAUGGUGCGGGGAAUGCAGCGCAGAGCGGUUUGGAAGCAUGGUGCGGGGAAUGCAGCGCAGAGCUGUUUGGAAGCAUGGUGCGGGGAAUGCAGCGCAGAGCUGUUUGGAAGCAUGGUGCGGGGAAUGCAGCGCAGAGCUGUUUGGAAGCAUGGUGCGGGGAAUGCAGCGCAGAGCUGUUUGGAAGCAUGGUGCAGGGAAUGCAGUGCAGAGCGGUUUGAAGCAUGGUGCAGGAAAUGCAGUGCAGGGCGGUUUGGAAGCAUGGUGCAGGAAAUGCAGUGCAGAGCGGUUUAGAAGCAUGGUGCAGGGAGUGCAGAGCAGUUUGGAAGCAUGGUGCAGGGAAUGCAGUGCAGAGCAAUUUGGAGGAAUGGUGCAGGGAAUGCAGCGCAGAGCGGUUUGGAAGCAUGGUGCGGGGAAUGCAGCGCAGAGCUGUUUGGAAGCAUGGUGCGGGGAAUGCAGCGCAAAGCUGUUUGGAAGCAUUGUGCGGGGAAUGCAGCGCAGAGCUGUUUGGAAGCAUGGUGCGGGGAAUGCAGUGUAGAGCGGAUUGGAAGCAUGGUGUAAGGUGUGCAGAGCAAUGUUCUCUCACAGCACUGCCACAGUAGUGUGUUUGGCGUUGACAUACUGGAUGCACACUGUCAGAGCAGUGCAGUUACUGGAAUAGAUGGUUUAGGGUUGGCAGACCCACCUCUCCUGUAUCAUGCACUUCAUAUUGAGGGACAGGGCAUGAAAAGUGCUGUCCUGUAGGUUAUAUAGUACAUUGCUGCUGGGACUGCCUCCAUUUAAUGAUCUGCUUCCUGUAGCAUAGGAUUACUACUUUCUAGAAGGCACCACUGCCCAGCACCGUGCCCAGCAGCAUGAUGUGACUGUAUCUCUGGUUGAGCUGCAUUGUGUAUUCCAUGUUUGCACACCAUGUUCAACCUGGUAGAGGAUUAAAGUGAUGGACGCAGGGUUAGUGAAGGGGCAAUAGAUGGACACAGGUCUGGCGAAGGGGCAAUAGAUGGACGCAGGGUUAGCGAAGGGGCAAUAGAUGGACGCAGGCACAGACGGACUCGGGCCUGGCUCAGGGACAGACUGGUCACAGUGCUGGGCUGAGCAGCACAGUUAUAGGUGAUCAGACUGGUUAUCCUAAUGUCCCCACUCUCUUCAUUUAGGAAAUGUCUGGUUCACUCACAACGCAUGUCCUGAACACAGCCAGUGGAAUUCCUGCCCGAGGCCUAACCCUCACCUUGUCCAAGCUUGAUACCCCCCAGGGGAAAUGGGUGCAACUCAGUAGAAGGUAAGCACUCAGCAUUUGUAGUCAGUAUGUCCCCUGCCCUACUGUGUAAUUUCUCCCUGAUACACUACCAUUCCCCACUGUGUAUAGCUAUUCUACCCAUAAACCCCCUGUACCACCACUACAGAGUUAUUCAGGCCUCCUAUACCGCCCCCAUAGUUAUUCUACCCAUAAGCCCUCCUGUACCGCCCCCAUAGUUAUUCUACCAAUAAAUCCCCCUGUACCGCCACCAUAGUUAUUCUACCCAUAAAUCCCCCUGUACCGCCACUACAGAAUUAUUCUUCCCAUAAAUUCCCCUGUACCGCCACUAUUCUACCCAUAAAUCCCCCUGUACUGCCACCACAGUUAUUCUACCCAUAAACCCUCCUGUACCGCUACUAGCUAUUCUACCCAUAAGCCCCCUGUACGGCCUCCAUAUUCUACCUAUAAACCCCCCUGUACCGCCACUAGUUAUUCUACCCAUAAGCCCUCCUGUACCGCCACGAGUUAUUCUACCCAUAAGCCCUCCUUUACCGCCACUACAGAGUUAUUCUACCCAUAAAUCCCCCUGUACCGCCACUAGUUUUUCUACCCAUAAACUCCCUGUUCAGCCACUAGUUUUUCUACCCAUAAACUCCCUGUACCGCCACUACAGUUAUUCUACCCAUAAACUCCCUGUACCGCCACUACAGUUAUUCUACCCAUAAACCCCCUGUACCGCCACUACAGUUAUUCUACCCAUAAACUCCCUGUACCGCCACUAGUUAUUCUACCCAUAAACCCCCUGUACCGCCCCCAGAGUUAUUCUACCCGUAAAUCCCCCUGUACUGCCACCAUAGUUAUUCUACCUAUAAACCCCUCUGUACCCCCACUACAGUUAUUCUACCCAUAAACCCGCCUGUACAUCAAACACCCCUCCCUACCCUGCACGUAUGACAUGAGCAUUGAAACAUUAAAAAAUUUAGGAAAUUCUCAGUUGACCAUAUUUUCAGUUCCUGACUUUUGUCACUUUGAUGAAUAACCCCUCCACCAUGCCCGCUAUUCGUCUUUGCACGGUCCCUGUGCAGCCUAGUAUUGUCCCUGUCUGCCCUUUGCAUGUUCUGGUCUUUGCAUGGUCCCUGCAUGAUCUUUGUACGGUCGCUUUGCCCCAUCCCGGUUAUCUCCUUCCGUAUGAUCUGGUUUUCUUACAGUGUGACUGAUGAGGAUGGCCGCUGUCCAUCGUUGCUACGCGGUGUGCCACUCACAGCAGGAACCUAUCAGUUACGAUUUGACACUGGUGAAUACUGGAAGCAGCUCCAACAAGAGAGUUUCUACCCUUACGUAGAGGUAAAUAUUAUGCUGCUCCCAACACAGUGUAGGAACUGCUGGGGGGUGAAUCUCAGGGCAAGGGAGGGAUGUGGACGAGAAGUGAUCGUUGCGCCCCUUUGCCACACUCUGGAUGGAAGACAUGAGAGAUCUUCUAUAAUGGGAGUAUCAGAGACCUUACUUUAUUCUGUAUCUUCCUUACAGAUUGUGUUUACCAUCACAGAUCCGAAACAGAAAUACCACGUGCCUCUGUUGCUCAGUCCAUAUUCCUACACCACCUACAGGGGGAGCUAGAGAAACUGGCAUGGAUGCAGUGUGUUUUCAUGAUUUCUUAUUCUGUCCAAUCAGCAGGGACCAUUCUGUGUCUACAAUCACCUCAUUAUCUUCUUAAAUUGGGUAAUGGUAACACCCUGUAGAAUAUUGCUUACGCACGGACGUACUUGGAAACCUGGUUAAAUACUUUGUUGUUAUUAAAUCGUAAUAAAGCAUCUGCACCAUGGUACACUGUCUGUGUGUGUCUGUAAGUACGGAGCAUUGAGGAGAAUGACAAGCUAAUGUGAUGCUAAUAUUUC